AUGACGCAAAAAGGAGCUCAGCUGGACCAGGAAACCCUUUGUUGUUCAAUCUGUCUGGAUCUCCUGAAGGAUCCAGUGACUGUUCCCUGUGGACAUAGUUACUGCAUAAACUGUAUUAAAAGCCACUGGGAUAAAGAGGAUGAGAAGACAAUCUACAGCUGCCCUCAGUGCAGACAGGACUUCACACCGAGGCCUGUCCUGAGGAAGAACACCAUGUUAGCAGUUUUAGUGGAGGAGCUAAAGAAGACUGGACUCCAAGCUGCUCCUGCUGAUGACUGCUAUGCUGGACCUGAAGACAUAGACGAACACAAAGGUCACGACACAGUCUCAGCUGCAGCAGAAAGGAGUGAGAGGCAGAGAGAGCUCAAGGUGAGUCGACAAAACAUCCAGCAGAGAAUCCAGGACAGUAAGAAAGUCAAGAAGCUGCUCCAACAGGAGGUGGAGGCUAUAAACCGGUCUGCUAAUAAAACAGUGGGGAACAGUGAGAAGAUCUUCACUGAGCUGAUCCGUCUCAUGGAGAAAAGACGCUCUGAUGUGAAGCAGCAGGUCAGAUCCCAGCAGCAAACUGAAGUGAGUCGAGUCAGAGAGCUUCAGGAGAAGCUGGAGCAGGAGAUCAAGAGGAAAGACGCUGAACUGGAGAAGCUCUCACACACAGAAGAUCACAACCAGUUUCUACACGACUACCCCUCACUGUCACCACUCAGUGAAUCUACACACUCAUCCAGCAUCAAGAUCCGUCCUCUGAGGUACUUUGAGGAUGUGACAGCGGCUGUGUCAGAAGUCAGAGAUAAGCUACAGGACGUCCUGAGAGAGAAAUGGACAAACAUCUCACAGACAGUGACUGAAGUGGAUGUUUUACUGUCAGAACCAGAACCAGAGCCCAAGACCAGAGCUGAGUUCUUAAAAUAUUCAUGUGACAUCACACUGGAUCCAAACACAGCACGCACACAGCUGUUAUUAUCUGAUGGAAACAGAAAAGUAACAGUAAUGACAGAACAACAGUCUUAUUCUAGUCAUCCAGACAGAUUCAGUGGAUUUUUUCAGGUCCUGAGUAAAGAGAGUCUGACUGGACGUUGUUACUGGGAAGUUGAGUUGAGAGGAAGAAGAGUUCAUGUAGCAGUCUCAUACAAGAAUAUCAGCAGAGCAGGGGACUCAUAUGAAUUUGUGUUUGGACGUAAUGACAAAUCUUGGGCGUUAGAUUGUUACAACAACAGUUAUAACUUUUGGUACAACAAUGUCAGCACUCCUGUCUCAGGUCCUCAGUCCUCCAGAGUUGGAGUGUACCUGGAUCACAGAGCAGGUAUUCUGUCCUUCUACAGCAUCUCUGAAACCAUGACUCUCCUCCACAGAAUCCAGACCACAUUCACUCAGCCUCUACAUGCUGGACUCUGGAUUCAUAACGUUAAAGACUCUGCUGAGUUGUGUAAGCUGAAGUAG